CAUUAUUUAUUUAAGGUCUCGUAGCCGCGCUACGAUUUUCGUAGCGCUCGUAGACAGCGGCGAAGUUUUAAGAUCUAACAAAACAAGUGAGUAUUCGUAGCUUCAGUGAAAAUUUUAUAUUGAUCAGAUUUGGAUGAAUUUAAUCUUUGGUGUGUGGAAUAUAAGGGCUAAAAUAUGCAAUGUUUUGAAUUUAUGGGCAACAGGAAAGGAGGGUCACCGGUGUAUUCGCUUUCAUCGGUCCCCUAAGUUCGAUACCUGCCGAAUAAAAGGUAAAAAGUCAAUUUGGCAGUGAGGAAGGGCUUUGGAGCGUGAAAUGUAAAUGGGGAAGGGCGGUGCAUUGCAUUCAGUCGAGCAGUAGUGGCGAGCGACAACGUCCGUGCACAGUGUAGCGAGAGCGCGCGCCGAGUGCUCCUCACACUGUACGGAAUCCGUGCGGAAUCAGUUAUCACUUGAUACGUGGAGUCUGUGAUGCGCCGAGAUGUAUCCCGCGUCUACAUGUUUUGAUAUUCUGCCCGAAUCACAACUUCGAAAAAUGGGGAGCAGCGAAGGCCAACAAACGUUUUGCCUGAAAUGGAACCACCAUAAAACCAACUUGGUGGAAAUCCUGGAGGCGCUGAUCAAGGUCGAGACAUAUGUGGACUGCACCUUGGUGGUCGACGACCAGGUCACCUUCAAGGCUCACCGAGUGGUGCUGGCCGCCAACUCGCCAUAUUUCCAAUCUAUAUUGGCCGAUGUACCAAUGGACCACUGUAGCAUACUUUUCCCUGGCGUCAAAGAUUUCGAAAUGCGCGCUCUUCUGGAAUACAUGUAUACAGGGGAGGUGAACGUGACGCAGGCUCAGAUCCCGCGCAUCAUGAAGGUCGCUGAACAACUGGAAGUGAAGGGGUUGUUCGACAUGACAGAGCUGCGCCGGCGCCCUGGCUCCAACGACCGCAACUCGGCGACGUCUCCGCCGCGCGUCGUGCCCGCGGCGCCCUCCAGCGUGUCCCCGCCCGCCCCCGCGCCGCCCUCGCGCUGGCCUCCUCCACCCGCCGCACCAGUUCUCUCAUCAGCUUAUGAAUCUGUCGAUAUGAAUCCUUUAAAGCGAAAGAAACUUUCGAGCAUGCUCGCCACCCGGGACACCCCCAUCUUGAGAAAUGUAUUAGCUCAACACACUUCCAUAGAUUCUUCACAACCGAUGUCUCUAGUUUGUCACCCGGUCAAUCAGCAAGUUCCUCCUCGUUUGCAUUCAAAUGGAUCUGCACAUGAGUCAGACAGAGCCCCGAGUCCCCAACGCCCGUUCGACUACCGCCCCCGCAGACUAUCCUCGCGGGCGUCCUCUCCUCACUACAACAGGUCAGAUCGAUCAGAAGAUGCACAUUCCCCGUACACAGAGCGCUCUUUCGAAGAUGACAGUAAUCGCAGUUUCCAUCCCUCUUCGCCUCCUACUAAUUUCCAACAAGACGUUCGAACUGGAUUGGCACCUUAUGUUCCGCCACAACAAAAACCAGAAUGGAAAAGAUACAAACAAUACACUAGGUCAGAUAUCAUGUCCGCUAUUGAAUGUGUAAGAAAUGGAAUGAGCGCUCUACAGGCUUCGAGAAAAUAUGGUGUACCUUCACGUACAUUGUAUGAUAAAGUAAAGAAACUAGGCAUUACUACCAGUCGACCAAUGAGCCGUGGAGUGAAAAGAGAAACCAAUGGCGCAGCAUUUCCUUAUGGAUUGAGUGGAACAGGAGGUGAAGAUGGAUCACCAGCAACACCGCUGAUUGAUCCGUCAUUUUUGCAACAAGCUCUAGAGGGAGCUACUAGAGACGGUGGACGAGAAGCACUACACGCCAUGGCCUUAGCAGCGGCCGCACAUGCGGCUCUCACCCCCCGGUCCCCACCUCGAUCAUCAUCAGAGUCCCCGCGGACGCCCCCGCCAGACGACGAUCACGUCGAAGACCUAUCUGUUUCGCGUCGCCGGGACAUAGAGCCCCCUUCAGGUGUGAUUGUGCCCCCCCGGAACUUUGCGUUAGAUUGUAGUAGCGAAAGAGAUUGAACGAUCCUCUGUCAUUGGAAAAGAACAUUCAAAAAGACUGACUUAGGCGUACAAAGUUAGAAGUAAGUACUGGUAGGAAGCGCCGCGCGCGCACGCCACGCUAACCUGGCGGUUCGGCCGGGCGAUUGCAAUGGGCCCCGCGGCCACUCUUAUUCUACCUCUUUCUCUAUUUAUUUUCUUGCGCCAACAGACCUGAGUACGAAAUAAAAUUUCCGUUCGAUGGUAGUUGGUGCCCUAUGUGAUUUUUGUUUUCUUUCUUCUUUUUUUUUUGUUUUAUAACAUUUACGUGUCUGUUAAUGGAAUAGCGAUGUAGGUUAGCUUUAAUUAGAUGUAAUGUCUUGGAGCGGUAACUGAACAGGAUCUGGAGACAGUAAGGCAGCGCCGGCCACGCCACCGCUCCUCGUGCUGGUCCGCCUAGAAGUUAUUGUGCAAUUUGUUGUCCGCGACUGUGAUGUUUAUAGACUGAAACGCCGCUACUACCUCACGCUCGCUACUACAGCUCAUCUCUAGUCCUCCGCGUCGUGCUGACCCGGACAGUCUGUAGGGACAGCAUCAACAGUAGGUCGGUCGUCCAUAGACUGUCCAACAGGACAGUGCGACGCGUGACGCUCAUGUCACCGCGAAUAGCGACUUAUCUAGAUACCAUUUAAAUUACAUUGUGUUCGAAUAUUACGGGUUACUAUAAUGAUUGCCAUAAUGAGUAUGUUUAUCGUUACAUUAUAACUUAGUAGUGCUCACUACGUCAUAACCUUCAUAAUUUAUUUGCACAAGCACGGUCGUUCUUAUUAGAUUAAGGAGAUUUCGUCUAUAACACUUAGUAAAAUGCUCAAUGUCUUUUUGUAAGUAGGACUUAAAUUUUAAUGAACAGAACUUUUGUCGCGAUUCGCUGUUAUACGUAACUAAAUCAAUGGAGCUAAAUGUUAUUAUAAUAAGUUAGUAUAUAUUAGUGCGAAUGUAAUAAUUUUACACGUCUUUCUAAUAAGAUACAUCAUAAUAUUUUUGUUGUAUAUUUUACACUACCUAUGUAUUUUAAUGUAUAGAACUGCAUACAUAUGAUAUAGGAUACAAAGUAGCACAGAGUCUUCGUUGUAGAGUGUGGUCAAAGAAAAUCACUGCAAUCUGCAAUAUCCUUCACAAUGACAUUGUUAGCUAUUGUUUUCCUCUAGCUUUUUGGUAUCUACUUUCGUUAACUUCUAAAAAAUAUAACUGUUAUUUUUAUAAAUCUGUUUAAGUUAAUAUUAUACCACUUAUUAAUUUUAAUUGCUUGGAAGACUGAUUUGUUACUUUAGUCUAGUUGGAAAAUGCCAUAGAUACACUAUCUAAUUUAGUAGGUAUGCAUAUGUAAAAUUAAUUAAGUUGAAUCACAUAAUGGGGUGUGUAGAAGCUACACUUGAGGUCUCACUGUGUUGUGCCUUCGUUUUCUUCAAGAUGUAAUUUUAGGACAUUCCAGUAGUAGCACUCCCGUGCUAGUGUUUAUGGCUAAGGCAUGAUUUAAGAAUUAGGUAAAGUUUCGGAUAUGAUAACAUAUCAUUGUAGUGCCUGCCAUGUUUAGUCUUUGUACCUCACAGUUUUGUUAAACCAGAUGUUAUGUAAUUAUAUAUGUCCCACUUUUGUGCCUAUAGAUAUAUUAUUAAGUAUGAUGUUACGUACAAGUCUUGAUUUUUCAGUUGUAAAUGCAAAAUCGUUUUGUACUUUAUGUAGUUGGCUAAUGUAUCGACACGACUAAGUUAUAUUAGAUCGAGUAUGUUUAUCUCGUACCUACAUAUUAUAAUAAGAACUCUAUAUUUACAGAUAAUAUAAUGUUACAAAUAUAAAUUAAACGUUUAAUAUCUA